AUGAGCAACAAAGCCAAGGCCCUUCGCUUCUGCCUUUGGAUCACAUGCUGUCGGAAGGAAGAUUCUUUGCCCAACCAGCCCCCCGUAACAGGCCCGGAAACCGAUCAUCACAGCCUUCUGCCUGAGGGACUCUUCGGAGACAGCUGCGCAGCAUGCGGCAAGCAGGGCGCUACCAUGCGGUGCUCUCCAUGUCUCAUCAAGAACGGUGACAACUGCAGCCACGAGACUCUCAGAACACUCUAUUGCGACCGGACAUGCCAAGCUCAACCCUGGCCUAAGCACAGACAAAUCAGCCGCGUCGUCAAGCUCUACGAGGAAGUUUGGGAGCACUUUAUGGACCUGACAGAGUUUCAUUUCAGACCCAAAAAUAUCAACAUACCCGUCUGUCGCAUGACACCAGACCGCAUCGAGUUCAGCGGGAUGCCUGGCCACAAUGUCCUACGUCUCACCCUGUCUUCGGCCAGACAGCUUGUGCUCGACCCCACCCAUACUCAGUUCGGUUGGAAAGAAGCUUUGUCGCCCUGGGAAUCCCACCCUCAAGCACCGCGUCUCGACGACGAAUGCAGAGCCUCCGGUGGCGUAUUGUAA